ACCGAAGGGGAGCCCAUUGUUGCCGUGUGCUACUCUCGCUCCGCCACCACUUCCGUCUUCUCACUGUCUUCUUCCUCUCUCUCUCUCCCCAUCCCCUCUCUCUCUCUGUACGAUUCAUACACAAAUCUCGAAUACACCUCAAAAUCGAUCAGCCGAGAAGCUAGCUAUCACUCGCUUUCAGAUCUACAGUUUAUUGCAGCGUGUAGCCUUCAAUCUGGAUCCGAAUUCCCAGUAUCCGGAACCCUAGAAUACAAAGCUGGAGCAAUUGAAGACCAUCGGAAGGGAGCUCGCAAUGGGCUCGCAGGGCGGCUUCGGCCAGUCCAAGGAGUUCCUGGACCUCGUCAAGUCGAUCGGCGAGGCGCGAUCCAAGGCCGAGGAGGACCGGAUUGUGCUCCGCGAGAUCGAAACCCUAAAGCGCCGGAUCGCCGAGCCGGACACUCCCAAGCGCAAGAUGAAGGAGUACAUAAUUCGGCUCGUCUACGUCGAGAUGCUCGGCCACGACGCGUCCUUCGGGUACAUCCACGCGGUUAAGAUGACGCACGACGAUAAUCUGCUGCUGAAGCGGACUGGAUACUUGGCAGUGACGCUUUUCUUGAACGAGGACCAUGACUUGAUUAUUCUGAUCGUGAACACGAUCCAGAAGGACUUGAAGUCAGACAACUACUUGGUGGUUUCCGCGGCGUUAAAUGCGGUUUGUAAGCUGAUCAAUGAGGAGACCAUACCAGCGGUGCUUCCCCAAAUAGUGGAGCUUCUGGGACACGCCAAAGAGGCGGUACGGAAGAAGGCGGUCAUGGCGCUUCACCGGUUUUAUCAGCGGUCGCCGGCUUCGGUCACCCACGUGAUCUCCAAUUUCCGCAAGAGACUAUGUGAUAGUGAUCCAGGGGUUAUGGGAGCAACACUUUGCCCUCUUUUUGAUCUCAUCACAAUUGAUGCAAAUUCAUAUAAGGAUUUAGUUGUCAGCUUUGUGAGCAUUCUUAAGCAAGUAGCUGAAUGUCGAUUGCCAAAGAGUUAUGAUUAUCAUCAGAUGCCUGCUCCAUUCAUCCAGAUUAAGUUGCUGAAAAUUUUGGCAUUACUGGGAAGUGGUGACAAGCAGGCCAGUGAACACAUGUAUACUGUUGUUGGUGACAUAAUGAGAAAGCGGAAUCCAUCAAGUAACAUAGGCAAUGCUAUUCUUUAUGAGUGCAUAUGUUGUGUCUCCUCAAUACAUCCCAGCCCUAAACUAUUAGAGUCUGCGGCUGAUGCAAUAUCUAGUUUCUUGAAGAGUGAUAGUCAUAAUCUAAAGUAUCUGGGGAUUGAUGCCCUUGGUCGGUUGAUAAAAAUCAGUCCAGAAAUUGCUGAACAACACCAACUGGCUGUGAUUGAUUGUUUAGAGGACUCGGACGAUACUUUGAAGCGGAAAACAUUUGAACUGCUGUAUAAGAUGACAAAAUCCUCCAAUGUGGAAGUUAUUGUUGAUCGUAUGAUUGACUAUAUGAUAAACAUUAACGACAAUCAUUACAAAACUGAAAUUGCGUCCAGAUGUGUUGAGCUUGCAGAACAAUUUGCACCAAGCAACCAGUGGUUCAUCCAGACCAUAAAUAGAGUCUUUCAGCAUGCAGGGGAUCUAGUAAAUAUUAAAGUGGCACAUAAUUUGAUGCGAUUGAUUGCUGAGGGAUUUGGAGAAGAUGAUGAUACUGCAGAUAGUCAGCUUAGAUCUUCUGCUGUGGAGUCAUAUUUGCGCAUCAUUGGAGAGCCAAAACUGCCAUCUGCAUUUCUACAGGUAAUUUGUUGGGUCUUGGGGGAAUAUGGAACUGCAGAUGGAAAGUAUUCGGCCUCUUAUAUCACAGGGAAGUUAUGUGAUGUGGCAGAAGCACAUUCCAGUGAUGACACUGUCAAGGCAUAUGCAGUUACAGCACUUACAAAGAUAUAUGCUUUUGAGAUAGCAGCUGGGAGAAAAGUUGACAUGCUAUCAGAGUGUCAAUCUUUGAUUGAAGAAUUAUUGGCCUCUCACUCAACAGAUUUGCAACAACGAGCAUAUGAACUUCAAGCAAUCAUAAGCUUGGAUGCUCAUGUUGUUGAAAGCGUAAUGCCACUGGAUGCAAGUUGUGAAGAUAUUGAGAUUGAUAAAAGUCUAUCAUUCCUUGAUAGUUUUGUUAGGCAGUCAAUGGAAAAGGGAGCUCAACCCUAUGUUCCUGAGAACGAACGAUCUGGAAUUUUAGAUGUCAGCAGCUUUAGAAACCACGAUCACCAUGAAACAUUGACACAUUCUCUGAGGUUUGAAGCCUAUGAGCUUCCAAAACCAGUGGUGCCAUUGCAGACUUCUCCAGUUUCACUGGCAUCCUCAGCUGCACUUGUUCCAGUAUCUGAGCCAUCUUAUGUGAGAGAGACACACCAAAUUACGACAGUGCCAUCUGUCUCUGAUACAGGCCCAUCAGAACUCAAGCUAAGACUUGAUGGUGUUCAAAGGAAGUGGGGCAGGCCAACUAAUGCCUCUCCAGCACCAUCUACUUCGAGCUCCAGUUCUCAGAAAACUGUGAAUGGGGUGACCCAACCUGAUGGAACAGGCAAUUCAAAUUCUAAAGCACGCAAUGCCUCCUAUGAUUCAAGGAGGUCACAGGCUGAGAUUUCUCCAGAAAAGCAGAGGCUCGCUGCAUCAAUAUUUGGGCGCCCAUCAAAAUCAGAGAAGAGACAGUCCUCUACUGGUCAUAAGGUUUCAAAGACAAACAGCCAUGCUGUAGAGAAGUCUGAGACGGAAAAGGGGGUGACUUCAUCUUCUGAAACUGCCAGAGAAAAGACGGCUACUCUUCAACCACCUCCCGACUUGCUGGACUUGGGUGAACCAUCGGUCACAAGCAGUGCUCCAUUAGUGGAUCCUUUUAAGCAACUGGAAGGGCUUCUUGACCCAACUCAGGAUGCUACGGCACUAAGUCAUGGUGCAGUUAAUUCUUCUAAAGCGCCUGAUGUUAUGUCUCUAUAUGCAGAUAUGCCUGCAACUGGGCAGGGUACUACAGUUGCAGAUCUUCUUUCAAGUAAUAGAGACAAUACUAUGCUCAUAUCUGGGUUGUCUGACGCAACUACCAAAACUGCGCCAGGAGGAUCCGCACCAUCGCACUCACCACAGACAAACAAGGGACCAAAUCUUAAAGAUGCCUUGGAAAAGGAUGCUUUAGUGAGGCAAAUGGGAGUAACCCCAACAAACCAGAACCCAAACCUGUUCAAGGACUUGCUCGGCUGAAACUUAGGUCUAUAGUUAAUGUCAACAUCUCAAAUUGGGACUCUGAUAAUAAAUGCUUGAUCUGGGCGUGGUUUUUCUGGGUGGUGUUCUAUUAUCCGAUCAUUUGUCUGUGAUGAAAAUCCUUUUGGUAGUGGGAUUACCGAGGCACCCGGUAUUGAAAGGUCGAUUCCAAGGGUUAGGGUUCAAACUAGCCUUAGUACGGCAUGGAUUCUAAAUAAACAAAACCAGAGGUGCUGGAGUUUAUAUGGGUUGUACAUCGAGCAAUUGGCAGUCUCAUCCGCUUGCUGAUUGUGGCCCUCUGGAUUUUGGAGCACUCUGGGUACCUUAGAAAUCUAUACUCCGUCCUUCCUUUUGUCUGCACGGCCCCUGUAAUAUUGUGUUCCGAGUAUAUUGAUAUAUACGCAUAUAUUGGUAAUGAUUUUCCUUUUUAGGUUUGGCUUUUCCAAAUCUUAUUUUUGUUAGAAGAUACCUAGUGCAGAUUCUGCGAGAGAUUGUUCUUUUUGCAUGUUGAGAAACCUCUGUUUUUUUGUUUUAAAUUUAAUGUGCAUUGGUUGUCGACUACAUUAAA